AUGAAGCUACUGGGGACCUCUACCGCUGAAAAGGAGCAAAUGCAGCUGAUAGAUAUGUACGUCCCCGAUGAGGAGGUUGACUGGACGAGCGACGCAUACAUUCGGCCUAACGGUGACGAGAGGUCGCACAGGGCGUGUGACGACUGCCCUGCUCACCGCAUACUCACCGCGUGCUUCUCUACUCUUUUGAUAAUCAUAGGCGUCGCUGCUUUUAUCUUCGUUGCCGUUGUGGGGAGCCUACCGGAGCAGAUGGGACUUCAUCUUAACUGCACAACUUUGUUUUUUUUCUUGGUGUGCCCUGGAAUAUUCUUCUUGUUUGUGGGACUUGUGGGCGUAGUCUCGGCAUGGCGAGAGACACAAUUCGCCUCUGUAUUAUUCUCGGUACUUGUUGCAAUACCGGCCUUCGUUUUACUUGAGGCCGGCAUGCUACUUUUGGUUGUGUAUCUUAAAGUGGUUUCAUCUAAUUUUUUGGCCGAUGUCUGGGAGUUGGCUGUGCCACGUGCCCCAGACGUUAUCUGCGAAUUUCAAGAACGGCUGCAAUGUUCAGGGUUUGCCCCUUCGCAAUGCUGCGUCAGCAAUCUGACGGCAGCAGGGUUGCCCAACGUAUCUUCAUGCUAUUUGGUUGCCGAGGACGGUGUGACGACGCUUGACCCACACACGCUGCAACCGGUUUCCUGGCCGUCACGUGUCUGUGCGCCCACCUGUGUUUCGUCGAACGUUUACAAUGCCACAUGCCAGGAAAGAUUUGAAAAUUUAUGCAGGAAAAUGCUUCCACCCUCAUGUGGUGGAUUUUUUGCUGUUGGAUUUGUGUUUCUUGGUUUUGGUGUUCUUGCCUGUUAUCGUGUCACAGGUAAAAGAAUACAGGACAUUUUGCCUUCGGUACGACUAUAG